AUGGCCGACAAAACCCCUACCAAGCGCCCAGAGCCUACCGCCUCUGAGGCCAUGUUCUUCUUCGCCAUUGUCAAGCACACCCGCAACAGGGCGGACAUUGACUGGGAAGCCGUUGCUCAAGAGCAAGGCUUCAAGAACGCCGAAGUCGCCAAGGUUCGCUUUGGUCAAGUCAAGCGCAAGCUCGGCAUCGACUCCAACGUCACCCCGAAGAAGGGCAGCAACGCCUCUCCCAGCGGCGCCUCGACUCCCAGCAAGGUCCGCAAGACGCCC